UUAAAUAUAUCUAUAAAAUAAAAUGAAAUCCGUGCAGCCCACGGUAUAUCUCUAUUAGAAAAGAGAACCCUAAUCCGAGUCUUCUAUCCGGCAAACCCUCUCCUCCGACGCCGCCUCCUCCUCCUCCAUCACCAGAUCUUCAAUUUGAUUACUUCAGUCAAAGAAUUCUGUCCAUUCUCAAUCAUGGCAACUAGACUUCAGUUUGAGAACAAUUGUGAAAUUGGAGUGUUCUCUAAACUCACCAAUGCCUAUUGCUUGGUUGCUAUUGGAGGUUCUGAAAACUUCUACAGUGUAUUCGAAACUGAGUUGGCAGAUGUUAUCCCUGUGGUCAAGACAUCUAUUGGGGGCACUCGUAUCAUUGGUCGUCUUUGUGCCGGAAACAAGAAUGGGCUUCUCUUGCCCCAUACCAUCACUGACCAAGAACUUCAACAUUUGAGAAACAGUCUGCCUGAUCAAGUUGUUGUUCAGCGGAUAGACGAAAGAUUAUCUGCUCUGGGAAAUUGUAUUGCAUGUAAUGACCAUGUGGCCCUCACUCACACUGAUCUUGACAGGGAAACUGAGGAGUUGAUUGCCGAUGUUCUUGGGGUGGAAGUUUUCAGGCAGACAAUUGCUGGCAAUAUUCUUGUUGGUAGCUACUGUACCAUCUCCAAUAGAGGUGGCUUGGUCCACCCUCAUACUUCUGUGGAAGACUUGGAUGAACUUUCUACUCUACUCCAGGUUCCUUUGGUGGCCGGGACUGUGAACCGGGGCAGUGAAGUUAUAGCUGCUGGAAUGACAGUUAAUGAUUGGACAGCAUUUUGUGGUUCAGACACCACAGCAACAGAGCUUUCUGUAAUUGAGAGCGUUUUCAAGCUGAGGGAAGCACAGCCUAGUGCCAUUGUGGACGAGAUGAGGAAAUCCCUUAUUGAUAGCUAUGUUUGAGCUUUUGUGGUAACAGUAAUCUGUUUUUAAGUUUUGGUGUUAGAUUGUCUCAUGCACUCAUGCAGUGUGAACGUGUGUAUAUUCCAAUCAUGGAUUGUACUUCUCAUUGAUUGUGAUAUCAUAUGAAUCUAUGUUUGCCCAUAAAUCUAAGGGCAUGUAUGUUUUGGUUUAAAUUAAUAGAAAACGUGCGCUUUGUUUUGUUUGCUA